CGGGUCAGGUUCCGACCCCGCGCCCUCUCCUCUGCGCGCCAGGCAGCGCCCGCGGGCGGCGGGAGGGCGGAAGCUUCGGGGGCCGGAACGGGCGUGCCCGGCGCGCGGGUUGCGGGGGGGGCGGCUUACCCGGCCGGACCGCAGGGGCGGCCGCGGGAGGGGCGGGGCGGCGGCGGCGGCAUGGCCGGGCGGCGGGUGAACGUGAACGUGGGCGUGCUGGGCCACAUCGACAGCGGCAAGACGGCGCUGGCGCGGGCGCUGAGCACCACGGCCUCCACCGCCGCCUUCGACAAGCAGCCGCAGAGCCGCGAGCGCGGCAUCACGCUCGACCUGGGCUUCUCGUGCUUCUCGGUGCCCCUGCCCGCGCGCCUGCGGGCGGCGCUGCCCGCGUCCCCGGCGGCGCCCGGGGCCGCGCCCGAGCCCGGCGAGCCGCGGCUGCAGGUCACGCUGGUCGACUGCCCCGGGCACGCCUCCCUCAUCCGGACCAUCAUUGGCGGGGCCCAGAUCAUCGAUCUGAUGAUGCUGGUCAUCGACGUGACCAAAGGGCUGCAGACCCAGUCCGCGGAGUGCCUCGUGAUUGGGCAGAUCGCCUGCCAGAAGCUGGUCGUGGUGCUGAACAAGAUAGACCUCUUGGCGGAGGGGAAGAGGCAGGCUGCGAUCGACAAAAUGACCAAGAAAAUGCAGAAGACCCUGGAGAACACCAAGUUCCGAGGCGCACCCAUUAUACCCGUGGCGGCCAGGCCUGGGGGGCCGGAGGCCCCUGAAACUGAAACUCCACAGGGCAUCUCCGAGCUCAUUGAGCUCCUGACGUCCCAGAUUUCCGUGCCGGCGAGGGACCCCUCGGGACCCUUCCUCAUGUCCGUGGACCACUGUUUCUCCAUCAAGGGCCAAGGCACUGUGAUGACAGGGACCAUCCUCUCGGGCUCCAUCAGCCUCGGCGACAGCGUGGAGAUUCCUGCCCUCAAGGUGGUGAAGAAGGUGAAGUCCAUGCAGAUGUUUCACACGCCUGUCACCUCAGCCAUGCAGGGAGACCGACUGGGCAUCUGUGUCACCCAGUUUGACCCCAAGCUGCUGGAGCGCGGCCUGGUGUGCGCCCCCGAGUCCCUGCACACGGUCCACGCGGCCCUCAUCUCGGUGGAGAAGAUCCCGUAUUUCCGGGGGCCCCUGCAGACCAAGGCCAAGUUCCACAUCACAGUGGGCCAUGAGACGGUGAUGGGCCGCAUGCUGUUCUUCAGCCCUGCCCCCGAUGACUUUGACCGUGAGCCUGUGCUAGACUCCUUCGACCUCUCCCGCGAGUACCUCUUCCAGGAGCAGUAUCUGAGCCAGGAUCUGGCGCCGGUGGCGACAGACGGCGGAGGGGCCGACAAGGAGACGGGCCCGGCCGCGGAAGGCCGCCACCCUCGGCAGCAGUGGGCGCUCGUGGAGUUUGAGAAGCCCGUCACCUGCCCCCGGCUGUGCCUGGUGAUCGGCUCCAGGCUCGACGCGGACAUCCACGCCAGCACGUGCCGGCUGGCGUUCCACGGCGUCCUGCUGCGCGGCCUGGAGGACCGGGACUACGCCGCGAGCUUCCUGCCCAGGCUCAGAGUGUACAAGCUCAAGUGCAAGCAGGGCCUCGUGGAGCGGGUGAUGGAUGACCACAGCGUGAUCGGCCGCUCCCUCUUCAAAAAGGAGACCAGCAUCCAGCUCUUCGUGGGCCUCAAGGUGCACCUGUCCACCGGGGAGCUGGGCAUCAUCGACAGCGCCUUCGGCCAGAGUGGCAAGUUCAAGAUCCGCAUCCCUGGCGGCCUCAGCCCCGAGUCCAAGAGGAUCCUGGCGCCCACCGGCAAGAAGCGGGGCCGGGCCGGCCGCGGGGAAGCCGCCAGGCAGGAGGAGGGGGCGGAGCAGCCGGAGCCCACGCAGCACGUGACCCUCAGCCUGUCCUUCAAGCGUUAUGUUUUCGACGCCCACAAGCGCAUGGUGCAGUCUCCCUGAGGGUGCCGCCCCCAGGGCCACCCCGCCCCAGGCUGGGCUGAGAUGCCAGAUGCCCAACCAGACGUGCCUCGACCUCCCUCAGUGGGUCCCUGUCCCCAGGACUCUGGAGGCACCGGCCCCCGGGCCUGGCACCGAGCCUGGGGGGGUGCCAGUGUCACCAGGGCUGGGGCCGAGGGGGGCGGCCCCCCCACCCCGGCACCCUCCCCCCUACUGCUGGUGGCCAGCAGCCACGUGAGAGCCGGCCCACGCCCUGACCCCAGGUGGCCUGGCACUUCCGGGCUGCAAAUAAAUGUCCUGUGGUGCCUGCCCUC